AUGUCUGACAGAGAAUUUAGCUCAAACGACGAUUUGUCGCUUCCUAAAGCGACCGUCCAGAAGAUCAUCACUGAAAUUCUCCCCUACUCUUCCGGCCAGACCUUCUCCAAAGAUGCCCGCGACCUGCUCAUGGAAUGCUGCGUCGAAUUCAUCACCCUGAUUUCAUCCGAAGCCAACGAUAUCAGCGAAAAGGAGGCAAAGAAGACUAUCGCCUGCGAACACGUUGAGAGGGCCCUGCGCGAUCUUGGGUUUGGCGAUUACAUCCCAGAUGUGUUGGCUGUUGCAGAGGAGCACAAGGAACAGUUGAAGUCACGGGAAAAGAAGCAGAGCAAGAUGGAACAGAGCGGUUUGUCUGAGGAGGAACUUCUACGACAGCAGCAGGAGCUGUUUCGGUCUGCGACGGAAAAGUACAACGCUGCGCCGGAAUGA